UAAAUACAUUAGAGAUCGGCGAAGUCGAAGACAAAACGUACGUAGUAGUAAGUUAAUCCAACAACUGUCAUCGAAAUACCAUCAGAUCCUCACGGUACUGUUCAUAUUUUAUAGCAUUUUCAGGUGGAUUGAUCAAAUAUCUUGGAUUCUUUUGAUUAAGAUUCGUUAUAAUGGCGUCUUCAUUAUCAAGCAGGCUAUCAUCCGUUCGGAGGAAUACAGACAGCCUUGAAACAGAGCGACAAAAUUUCAUCAAACGGCAGCAAACGAGUGUGAACAAGGCAAUCAAUGCGCAGGAAGUCCCAGUCAAGGAGAAACAUGUCAGAAGCAUCAUCAUCGGAACCUUCCAGGAGAAGGGGGCGUCGACCUUCUGGAGUGUUGUGUGCAGGCUACCGGUCCAGGGUACCCCGGUGGUGUGCUGGAAAUUCUGCCACACCCUUCAUAAGGUGCUCAGAGAGGGGCAUGAAGAGGCUCAGAAGCAGCUUCGAGAACAUACAGACCAUCUAAAAGAUCUUGGUAGAAUGUGGGGUCAUUUCCACGAUGGCUACGGUAAACUGAAUGCCGCCUACUGCAGUCUUCUCAACACCAAAUUGGAAUUCCACAAAAAGAAUCCACUGCUGCCAGGCAAUCUUGUACUACCACAGCCAGAGAAAGACAUUGAAAAAAUGUGUGAAAAUGAUAUCAAUAACUACUUCCAGAUGUCCGUGGAAAUUUUUGAUUACUUAGAAUCUCUCAUCGCAUUGCAAGCAGCAGUCUUCAAAUCCUUUAACCUGUCCAAACCAAUGUCGGGGACACCGUCGGGCCAGUGCCGUCUUUCGCCCCUCAUCGCGGUCAUCCUGGAUUCGGGCCAGCUCUAUGACUUCAGCGUCAGGUUACUCUACAAACUUCACGCAUGCUUGCCAGAGGACACACUGGACGGUCAUAGGUCUCGGUUUCUGAAGCAGUUCCAUGCUCUGAAGGAGUUCUACGCCAAAUGCAGCAGCAUCAUCUACUACAGAAGACUCAUCCAAGUACCCACUCUACCUGCAGAGCCUCCAAACUUCUUUGUGGCUUCCAUGAAUCAAGACACCUACAUCAGCCCAGCUGUGAUGCUUGCCCUCAAUGAGUCUAUGCUUGAUGGCAGUGGAAGAGAUAGCCCUCCGCCUCCCAGUGAAGCAUCAUCCAUUGAAGAGCCCGUCUUUGAGAAAUUUGAGGAACCUGUGAUGCACAGUGCUAUGUUAGUAGACCUCAUGUCAUCUCCACCCCCGCAACAGAAUGGACAACAGUCCCAACAACAGCAAAUUCAGCAGAGUGGUCCAGAUGAAAGAGAUUGGAUCAUUGAGCAGCUGAGAGAGGAGGUAAACCAGCUCAAGUUUGAGCUCGAGAGAACCAAAAAAGAAGAUCAGCGAAUCAUUGAAGCACUCAAGAAACGACUCAUGGAAAUGGAACAGGAGAUGAACGAACAUCGGACAGUGGUGGAGACACAGUGUGAGGAAAAUGAAACGUUACGGGACAAAGUAAAGGAACUUGAACAUGCUGCUCUCAUGGUCUCAGAGGAGAAAUUGGUAGAUGCAGAAAGGAGGUCCAAAGUAAAUGAAGAGAGAUUCAAGAAGAUGAAAGAUGUCUACAAUAAACUGAGAGAAGAACAUCUAGGCCUCCUGAGAGUGAAUGCUGAAGCUAACAAGCAACUCACAACGGUAUCCAAGUGCUCAGAGGAGACGGUCUUGGCGAGGCAGACGGCUGAGCAGACCGUCGAGAAGCUGCAGAUGUCCAUCGCUCAGACAGCCAGCAGGGAGGCUCAGCUCAAGAGGCAAAUGGAGGAACAGAGGAAAAAAUUGCUUGCCAAGGCUGUGGAGGCUGCCGAGGAGACGUUGAGACUCAUCACACAACAGAUGGACGAUCCUCAGUUUGCAUCAGCUACGUGUACUCCAGAAUAUUUGCAGAGUAGAGCGCCCAUAGCCGAUGAAUGUGUGAAUAACCUUGAGAGAUGCUUCAACUCAUACCAGCAGAACAGCAACGAUUUUGGAGGAUUGAUCGGUGCCAUCGCCUCCUUUUCUCAAUCCCUCGGAGAAUACAUGCUGCAGGGCAAAGCCACCUCAAAUCUUGCUCCUGUGGAUGUCGGAGAAAGAUUGUCAUCCAAUUGCCAUGCGACAUGUAGCAGUGCCUUGACUGUACUUCAUGCCUUGAAGGAAGAGGACCAGCAGGGCUUUACCCGGAAUGAAGGCGACCUGAGGGAGAACCUUCGUGCUAUCUCUAACCUCACACAGGAGCUGAUAUCCGAGGAGAUAAGUAGUACAGAAGAAAUUGGUGAUCUUGUGGAGGCAGAGAUGCAGUCCACAACAGACCUUGUCGACCAGGCUGCUAGUAGGAUAGAGGAGAUGCUGAAGAGGUCGAGAGAAGCCGACACCGGUGUGAAGCUGGAGGUGAAUGAGAGAAUCCUCGACUCCUGUACUCAACUCAUGAUCUGCAUCAAAGAACUCAUCACCAAGUCAAAGUCACUCCAACAAGAAAUCGUCGCAAGUGGACGGGGUUCAGCAACCGCCAAGGAGUUCUACAAGCGUCAUCAUAGAUGGACAGAGGGCCUCCUCUCCGCUGCUAAGCUGGUCGGGGUCGGAGCUUCUCAUUUGGUUGAUAGCUCUGACAAGUUGAUGAAAGGGAAAGGGAAGUUUGAGGAGCUCAUGGUUUGUUCCCACGAGAUCGCAGCCAGCACCGCUCAGCUGGUGGCAGCGAGCAAGGUCAAGGCGGACAAGGGAAGCCCCAACCUCAAGGGCCUCCAGGUCGCAUCCAGGAACGUCGCCACGGCAACGGCAGGAGUGGUGGCAUCCGCCAAGACGGGUGCACAGAUGAUCGAGGAAGGAGAUUCACCCGACUUUACCAAGAUGACUUUGACACAGACCAAGCGUAUGGAGAUGGAGGCCCAGGUGACCGUCAUAGAGCUGGAGAGUAAGCUAGAGAAGGAGCGCGUCAAGCUGGCGGAGCUCCGGAAGCAGCACUACCAGCUUGCAGGAGCCUCAGAGGGAUGGGAAGAAGGGGAUAGCAAAUAAUACAGGAGGAUGGGGACUUUGGAGGACAAGGAGAAUAUGCUGAUCUUGUGUGAAGAAGAUGAAUUCAACACAAGUUUCUUUGAGCAGAGGAUAGGAGGGAGAGGGUUUAGGCAGGUAGACCCAUAGCACGUGGAGAGAGAUAGUUGUGACAUGCUCAAGCAAGUGCUGUCGUAGUUUAAAUCAUGGAGCUCCAGAUAGUGUCCCUUCUCCAAAAAAUGUCUGGAAAUGUUUUCUUUGCAUCCAUCCAUGUCCGUCUGCUUGGAAGACAGCAAUAGAGUGAAGAAAAAUUAUUGAGUGCUUAUAGUUACCGUACCUCAUGGAAAACGAUGCAUUGAAAAGAGCCUCAAGAUCAACCUUGCCACGAGAAACCAACAAUGUUGUUUAUAGACCAAGUUAUUCAUGUCAGAUAAUGAGUUAAUGCACAAUACCAAACACAUGAACCAGGUACGAUUUUGUUUGUAGACCAAUUUACUCAUGUCGAGUAAUUAGUUUAUCCACAAUACCAAAAACCUGAAAAUGUUUCCAUUAUGGCUGCAAACCAUAUGUCCUUUGUCGGUUAAAGUUGCUCAUGCUUGGGUAUAUAGAGGGCAGCACACAGACGUACGCACGGGAGCGUAAUACCCGUAGGCUGGAGUGUUAUGUAGUGAUCGCCAAGUUGCCUACUUCAUGAACGACUAUAUACCCAUGCAUGAACAUCUUAAGUUUAUGUGAAGUAUGAAUAGCGCAGGGAGAUUUUUAAGGUCAUGUUCCUGUAGCGCAAUUGCAAAAAAUUUCGAGAGAAUCAACUUAAGGUUGGGUUCAAUACCCUACAGUAUCACCUAUAGAAAUCAUGUUCAGAUUAUGUAAUAUGAGCGAUGGUUCAGUGGUAGAGCAGUGGUUUCAUAACCAGGGGGUCCUGGGUUCAAAGCCAAGCCAAGUCAAUGUACUAGUGCCUUUUCGGUAGGCAUUAAGAAGUACCUCAGAGAGGAAUAAAGCUGUCGAUCCCCUGGUUGAUUAAUUUCAAGCAAACAAUUGCGUCCAUGUAUAGCAGUUGGGUAAAAUAAACCAAACCAAAAAUUGCAAUAAGUGAUACGCAAGUCUAUUGCAAUUACCAUAGGCUGAUUUCUUGAAAGCUUUUGUGAUUUUGUUCUUAUAUUUCUCUGAAUAGUGUUUUGUUUUCUUCUCUUGUGUCCUACAGAAAUAUCACAAAUAUUAGGUGCUAAACUGAACAUCAUAGCAGUCAUGGAGACUGCAUGCAUAUAUUUAUUUAGUUUUUGUCACAUAUACAAUGUAUGUAGCUUAUUUAUCCGCAUGGGGGAGUUGAAAUAGCCCUGUAUAUGAGCUGUCAUAUAUUAAACCUGUAAUCGAUAUCGUCAAUUGUUUUCUUGGAAUCAAGAAUGAUUCAUGACUCAAUAAUAUAUACGUAACGCGCUUAGAGACGGUAUUCCGUAUUAACCGCUAUAUAAAUCCAGAUUUUAUUAUUACUAUUAUUGAUAAAUCACUUAUUCAUGAGUUACAUAUAAUUAUAUCCCACAUAGCAAGAAUCUUGCAACAUGGUUGGUCCAAAUGAGGUCACAUGAAAAAUGAUAAUUUACAUGUCUUGACUGUCACAGUGAAUGUAAAAACUAUCACAUUAUAUUUGAUAGUCUUCGUUCGCUGAUACUGCCUGGGCAUACACAUUAGGAGCUACAUGUAAUGGACGAUGGUUUUGCAAAAUAUGCGUACGCUUUUGUAGUGGAGGUCAAUGCAAAGCACGUAUGUGCAACAACACACAAGCAGACGCAGCUUGCUACUGUACAGAUAAAUUCAAUGUAUGUUUAGCUUUGACUUUUGUGUUCAUCAUUCCUCUUCUCAUUGGAAAAAUACUGUCGACGUGGGAUAUAAAGCAAAUAAUCACAUCCCUUACUCUGGGGGAUGGACACACUAUUAUCGCCUCGGUUAUCUUGGGGGCUCUGCUGUCUUCCCUCGCCUUUGGCAAGAUAGUAGCCCGAAGAUCAUUUCUGCGAUGAUAGUUUGUCCCUUCGCAAGAGUCGUUGGUUAUUAUUUGCUUACUGAAUAAUAGUAGCAUCAAUACUUACAAAGGUCAAGGCAAUAUGAUUUGGAAACAAUUGUCUCACAAAUUUACAGUUGCGGUACAUAUUUACCAUUACCCGGUUGCAAUGUCUGGUUUAUAAUUUGCUUUCAUUUUAAAUAGUUGCCCCAAGUGUUGCAAGUAUGCCCCUUGUAGAAUAUGUGGGUUUCUAAAUGAGUUGUAAUCAUAUAUGUUAUAAUGUACAAUUAUCUUUUGUUGUAGAUUUUUUCUUUUAUAUAUAUAUAUUUAACAAAUCAUGCAUGGAAGCCUGUAUAAUGAUGUAUAGUGAAUCAAAGAAUGAAGUAAUAUGUUAUGAAGAAGGCCUAAAAUUGCCGCCGCUUUUUCAAAAUUUGUACGAAAAUUGUUCAACUUCCAUGCAUUUCUUACUACUUGUUGUAUUUAUCAAAAAUAAUUUCUAUAUUCUAUUUUUCUAUUUAUCACUCAUGUAUAUACCAUUGUAAGAGGAAGAAAAUGUUGAACGAUUGCUUUUUUGUUGUAACUUAAGUGUUCCAACAACCUGCAUGUGUAUAUAAAAAAAAAAUCUUCAUUCAAAUUCAAAUAAAGAGAACAGAAUUGGAUAGAGGACAAUAAUGAGAUACGUUAAUUAAUUCAAGGCAAUGAUGAAAUCAUUCAACUUGAAACAUGAAGACAUUAAUAUCUGGUAAAUCAUUCUUGUGGAUUCUUUUGAUUCAAGUACAUUUUUUAUUUAGGAUGGCCCGAGGAUCAUUUCUGAAGCAGUAUUAAAAUCCAUGAAAUUUAUAUUUGCAUGCAAAAACAUUUUUCUCAAUUGCCAAGAAAUUGAAAGUAAUGAUUAUAUGAUCACAAAGUGUCUUGAAACCUGUAAGGUGAAUGAUUAUUACUUUCCAUAAGUUUUAUUAAAGGUCUUAGAAAACUUAAUUUCGAUUUUACAUAAAAUUGAAAUGUGAUAUUCAUGUGUGGUUUUAAUUUCAUUAGGUAUAUGAAAUCAUACUUUUUCACUUUUUUUUUUUUUAAUGGGGGGGGGGGGGGGGGGGGGGGGGUCAGGGGAAAACGUGUUUGAACUUUAUAUAUCGGAAUGGAUAAACUUGUUUGGCUUAUUUGUGCAUAUGAUUUCUUUUACAGAUAUGAAUUUUCAUGCAAGGAUUUCAGGCCUAACUAGAUUAAUAUCACAAAGGAUAUACUUGCUGGACACAAUUUGUUAAGAAUGUUUUCAAAUUAGAUUAUUAUCUUAUUGAUGGUUUUGAUCUCUAAUUCGUAUGGCCUGAUCAUAUCAUUUUUUAUGUUCAUAAUGUUUCCCGUAAUUAAACUGUGGUAAGGGGACUCUUUCACUUUAAAAAUACAUGUUCAAACAUGUUCUUGGAGAAUUUUGUUUUUCUCACAUUCAAAGAAAGAUUAAUGAACAAGAAAUUAUUUAAUGGGCAUGUCAAGGUAUUAAAAAGAAUGUUUUACGGCUUAGCAUAUAUACAGAAUGUUGCUAUGCAGUUGAAUACUUAAAUAGGCAUUAUUUCUUAUAUACAUGUACAUGUAUUUAACUGUUGCUUUCCUUUUGAGUGUAAUGCUUCCUAUAUGUGUGUACAUAAAAAACUGUGUAUACUCUUAUCAUAAUAAAAUGUGAUAUGACAAACAA